CCAAUUUGAUACUAUAAAUUAAAUUAUAACUAUUGUUUUAUACCACCCACGGAUUAGAAAUAAUUUUAAAGUAAUGUCUGACUCCGAGGAAUCAGAUACGUUUAAUGAGGAGCCAGUCAGGUCUUUUCAUGAUAUUCACGACGAAAUAGAAAGAUGCAAGAAAAACCCGGCAACUUCGGGUAUGUUUGUGUCUGGGUGGGAUGAUGCAGAUGAAGGCGUGGAAGAAGUAAAGGAUCCGAAAGCUAAUCCUGUUGACCAUGUUCUAUGGGCUGCUGAAAAUGCUGACAUUGCAGCCCUCAAAGAACUAUUAGCUGCUCAACCAGAUCUAAUCAAUGCUAAAGACAGCAAUCUGUACACUCCUCUCCACCGGGCUGCCUAUGGAAACCAUGUGACUACCAUAACAUAUCUGUUGAGUGUUGGUGCUAAGUUAGAUGCUAAAACUGAGUUCGGCUGGACACCGCUGCAUUCAGCUGCUAAUUGGAAUAAUUACUGGGUUGUUGCAAGACUGCUGGCAGCUGGUGCUGAUCCAGCUGCAGUGUCCGAAGGAGACCAAACACCAUUACAUUUGGCAGCAGCAAAAAGUCACAGUAAAUCUACUAUCAUCACAUUACUCUUUCAAGAUAACAGCGUGGAGGUGGCUCAGAUGGUCAAUAAUGUUGGAGAAAAACCAGAAGAAUUAGCUCGUGGGCAUGGCAUAUAUGCUCCACUGUUUGAAAUGGUUAUGCCUGCAGCUUCUUAUAUUAAAUCAAUUGGAUUCACUUGCAAUCCCUAUUUAAGGAUAGAAAAAUCAUCAGAACUGGAAUGAGGGCAAAUGAUAAGUAUGUAAUUAUACGGUACAUUUAUUUUCAUACUAAGCAUAUGUAACCAUAACUAUGUUAAUGAUAUUAACAAGUAUUAAUGAUUUACCCAACACAAUUUUGAGAUUUCAAAGAACUAUCCUUGUUAAAAGUAAUUGAUAAAUAUUUUUCAUAAUUAUAAAAAUACUAGCAUGACAUUCACAAUUAAAAGAUUAUUCAAAAAAGCAAACGUUUUGUUCUUAUUAGCACCUUACAUUAUUAAAACAUACCUACAUUAUUUUUACCAGAUAUAGUAGAAAUCUUGCAAAAGUAUAGGUACACAGUAAGAAUAAAUAUAAUUUAUGUCUUUUGACUCUUUCCAUAAGAUCGACUUGCCAUAGUUUCUAAAACAUGCAUAGCACCAGGUACAAGGUAUGUUUCAGUUUGUAAAUUCUUUAAGCUAGCUAUCAGAUUUCUUCGAUCAAUUUUUUGCAAUUCUGACAAUAUUUGUCUUGAUUCUGUGGUCAUGUAUGGCAAUAACAGGCAACCUAUACCAAAACAUUUACACCUUACACAAUUUUUCCAUAUUUCAAUUAGAUCUGCAUCUCUUAUUACUGGACAAACUGGUAAUAAAUUAACUGCGUUUAAGCAUUUCGAUCUCUGACGUUCUGUAAUAGGAUAGUCAGCCUGCUGGAAAGGCGAUAAGAGAAUAGUUCGCCAGGCGUCGCAUACAGUCUUGUCUGUUGCAGAUGAGAUCUUUAAUAACAAAGGAACUAAUUCAUCGUAAAGUCCAGCACGCAACAUCGAAGGAAUUACUUUCUGAAUUAUUUUAAUAUUCCCAAACCUCCACGCGAGCUCCCCUGUUAUUUUUAAACCUUCCACGUUUCCUCCAACUGCUUGUAGUAAUUGAUCAAUCGCUCCAAGUUUAUCAUUCAUAAACGUGGCAACGAUCCAAGGCAUGUCAAUAUGUUCAAGAUUAACAAUGUAUAACAAUUCUAAAAGGGUGUUCCAAAGGGAGUCCCGCUCCCUGUUGGUGACUUUUGAUGCUGUGUCAGAGUCUAUAAUGCUCAUAAGGCAUUGGAGCGCUCUCAAUUUUUUACUUUUAUUAUAAUCGUUUUCGUCAUCGAGUGCAAUGCGAGAUAGAUAAAUGGCUCCCAUUUUAGGACAAGUAGCUUUCAGUAUAUAUUUAGCGGUCGUCAAGUCUUUAUUGUCAA